AUGGCAUUUACAAGCUCUCUUACGGCAAUUUCUUCUUUCAAACUCACUAACCCGACAUCCCACUUCUUGCCUUCUGAUCGGUCCCUGAAACAACAGGGUCUUUUCCACCAACAAAAUCAAUCUCUGUCAACUCAAAACUUCAAAUUCUCCAUUCCACAACAUUUCUCGACAAGAAGAUGCAGCCCCAAAAGCAUUGUCACCACAGCUUUCUUCUCCAAGCUCUGCUCAGAAUCUCCAAAGAGAAAGCCAGCAGGGAAAGUUCAACAACUUAAUGUAUAUGAAAUAAACGAGCGAGACAGAGACAGCCCAGCAAUCCUAAAACUAAGUAAAAAACCAGAAUUAGCACUUGGAGAUUUAGUGCCCUUCACCAACAAGCUUUACUCUGGAGACUUACAGAAACGGUUCGGUAUAACUGCUGGUCUCUGUGUUCUUAUCCAACACGUACCGGAAAAGAAUGGCGACAGAUAUGAAGCAAACUACAGCUUCUAUUUCGGUGAUUAUGGCCAUAUAUCCGUACAAGGAGCUUAUUUAACCUAUCAAGAUACCUUUUUGGCUGUGACCGGUGGAUCUGGAAUUUUUGAAGGAGUGUACGGUCAAGUGAAGUUGCAACAAAUUGUUUUUCCUUACAAGCUUUUUUACACUUUUUAUUUGAAGGGGAUUCCUGAUUUACCGGCUGAGCUUCUGGGAAAGCCGGUCACUCCUUCGCCGGAGGUUGAACCGAGCCCGGCUGCCAAGGCUGCUCAACCUAAUGCCACUAUCCUUAACUUCACCCAAUGA